UUCUUAUGAGCUCUAGUAGUAUGAAAAUUUAAUUCAGGUUCUAUAAUUUGUAAUUGCACGACUUCCAUACAAGUUUCUAGACAAAUAAGAACAUGUUUUUCAAUCCAUUACUAGUGUGGAAGGAUGUUGAUGGUGUUUUGAUGUGUGAUCCUAACAUAUAUGCACUCGCAGAACCUGUGCCAUAUCUAACAUUUGAGGACAUGGCAGAGCUUGUUUAUUUUGGUGCUCAGGUAUCAUUUUAGGGAAAUUCUACUAUACACACCUCCUACCAUAUGCACCCCUAAGUUGUGUCAUUUUCUUCUUUAGUUAUGACCAAUUUUCUUAUUUAGUUAUGACCUUAUUUUAGUUAUGAUUCAUGAGAUCAUUGGUUAUGCGUCAUGUGUUGUUUGGUUAUAGCCUCUUUUUUUUUUUUAGUUAUGACUCUGAAAGUAUAAAGUUAUGUCAUUUUCUUUCUUAGUUAUGAGGUGCAUACGGUACACCCCAAUCUAGAAACAAACACUGCUAGACAAAACAAAUAGAGGUAGACUAUGAAUUUUCCAUAAGCCCCAUCCAGAAGGAUGAUGGACAAAAACAAAUCAAAGGCUUCCAUAACCUGUGAACCAAGAGCCCCAAAACUAAAUUGAACUAUACGAAUCAUACUGAAUCUCAAUUGAACCGUACGAUUCACUUAAUUUAAGAUUCAACAGAACAAAUAGAAUCUUUUCAGUUGAAACUUGUAUCAAAUUGUGAAUCGUAAGAUUCUUAUAACCAUGAUUGUUCUUACUUGUGUAUAUAUGUACAUAGAUGCACUUAGAUUUGUAAUUUGUUUCAGUCAAUUUGAGGAGAAGUUUGAGGAGAUCAAUGGUGAUGAGGCAUCCCCAAGUAUUCCUUUGACAUCAGGGCUUGAUGGAAAUUCAGCUGCACCAAUGGUAACUGAAGAGAGCAGAAAUGACACUGAAAUACAGGGUCAAGAAGAUCAUAGACAAUGCUUUGAUAUAAAUGCCUCGCAAGACUUUGUGAGUGGGAUCAUGAAGAUUGUCCCAGAAGUUGAUAGCGAUGCAGAUUACUGGCUUUUACCAGAUGGCGAUGUUAGCAUUACAGACAUGUGGACAGAGCAUAUCCUAUACUCUUGAGCUUGUGUGCCUAUGUGGGUUUUGGGAUUGCGAGAUCACAUAAAGAGAGUUUUGUUGCAGAUUUGUACCCAGUUACUUA